AUGAGGUCCUCGGGAAGUAGUAGUGGUAGUAAGCAAUAUUCGGGAAAAGCCAUGUUAGUGCUGUGCCUCGCAAGCUUUCUUGGGGGUUCUCUCUUUACCACCCGUGCCUAUUGGAGUACUGGUACUGCUCAUCUUUCUCACCAUCAUCCUCAUCUUCAUCAUUCUGAUUUCGAUCAUGAUCUUCCCUCAUCAUGUCAUCAUGAUGAUCGUAACAACGAUGACGAUCACAUGAAGGCGCAGCGGAAAUUGGUGGAAGCUGGAAAAUCUGGAAAUAUCAUGGAGGAGGUGAUCAAAACCCACCUAGCCAUCCAAUCACUGGACAAGACGAUAUCGACGUUGGAAAUGGAGGUAGCAGCAGCGAGGACAAGGCAGAACGAAACAAGUGAUUCUCAAAAUAAUGUCGGGCCGAAGAAGAAGGCGUUCGUGGUGAUCGGAAUAAACACGGCGUUCAGCAGUAAGAGACGGCGGGAUUCAGUGAGAGAGAGUUGGAUGGCGAGAGGAGAGAGUCUGAAGAAGGUUGAGAAGGAGAAAGGGAUUGUGAUGAGGUUCGUGAUAGGGCACAGCGCCACCCCAGGAGGAAUGCUCGACAAAGGCAUCGACGCCGAGGAGGCCGAGCACCACGACUUCCUCCGCCUCACGAACCACGUGGAGGGCUACCACCACCUCUCCUCCAAGACCCGCAUCUACUUCUCCACCGCUUUCUCCCUUUGGGACGCCACUUUCUACGUCAAGGUUGACGACGACGUCCACCUCAACGUCGCCACGCUCGCCUCCACUCUCGCCAAGCACCGCUUCAAGCCCCGCGUCUACAUUGGCUGCAUGAAGUCCGGCCCUGUUCUUUCCACAAAGGGCGUGAAGUACCAUGAGCCAGAAUUUUGGAAGUUUGGGGACGAAGGGAACAAGUAUUUCAGGCACGCCACGGGCCAAAUCUAUGGCAUCUCUAAGGACCUCGCUUCCUAUAUCUCUAUUAACUCGCCCAUUCUGCAUCGAUACGCCAAUGAGGACGUGUCGUUGGGCUCAUGGUUCAUAGGCCUUGAAGUGGAACAUGUAGACGACCGCUCCAUGUGUUGUGGGACCCCUCCAGAUUGCGAAUGGAAAGCAGAAGAAGGGAAUGUGUGCGUGGCGUCUUUUGAUUGGCAGUGCAGUGGAAUAUGCAAAUCGGUGGAGAGAAUGAAAAGCAUCCACAACUCCUGCGGAGAAGGGAACGGAGCUGUUUGGAGCCUUGACAUUUAA